AUGGAUUGCUAUACAAGUCGCAGAAGGAAAAGGGCACGACUAUCAUGUGUGGAAUGUCAUCGCCGGAAAGUCCGUUGCGAUCGCAAUGACCCAUGUCGCAGGUGCUCCAAGGCAAAGAUUCGGUGUUUCUAUGACACUGACGACAGACCAAGAGCAUCUUGGAGUCAUGGAAGAUCUCUCGCAAAUGACCAAGUGCCAGUGAGACAAUCGUCUACGGUUACUACAGGAAUAGCCUCCCAUGCCCUACAUGAUACAUCUCAAAGCUACAUUGCGACUCAAGAAAUCCCUCCAUCUUCACUGGGCCAUAGCCCUGAGGCAAGCGUACGUGGGACUAUGUCCAAAAGCCGUCUUUUGGGCACUACCCAUCCCAUUACAACAUACCUUCAGUGUGAUGAAAUAUACUCGGCCAAUUCCAGUCUUCACUCCGCGGGACGCAGAGAUAGUGCGUGGUCAACACUCUCAGUGGAGGCUCAAACCCUAAUUGCGACCUCGAAAGCAAUGGCACGAACUGCAAAGAAGCAAUAUGCAUGCGGAAACUCCACGCUUGACGACGCAGCGAGGGCUCUACCACCCCCGGAGGUUUGUGAUGUAGUCGUCCGCCAUUAUAUGCGCAUACUGGAAGGACCGUUUCGCAUCCUCCACCGUGUAGCCUUCCAGAGAGAAUACUCUGCGUUUUGGGAAAAUAGUACCAAGAGACGGCCUAUAUUUACCGUUAUUCUUUGUCUGGUGAUGUCAAUUGGUGUUCACUUUUGCCACGAUGAAAAUAUUGAGGCUCGUAUUCGUCCUCAUAUUCUUCUGUGGCUGCAUGUUGCCCAAUCGUGGCUUUCGAACGCGAGGGGCAAGGAUCUAGCCACCAUAUCUGGAUUACAGACUCAAUGCUUGCUGUCUGUAUCACUUCAGUUCAAUGAGGGCAAUCUCCAAAGGAUUUGGUUCGCACAAGGGGUGCUCCUGCGAAACGCUAUGUACAUGGGACUACAUCGUGACGGGAGGCAUUUUCCUGACAUGCCGUUCUACCACGUCGAGAUGCGCCGAAGGUUGUGGAGCACCAUACUUGAACUGGACUUGCAGGUCACGUUGGACUUGGGAAUGGUCCCCACCACAAGCGAGCAUGAGUUUGAUAGUUUACCGCCUAUGAAUUUGGAUGAUGAAGUAUUUAAUGAAACAACCAAAGCCGCUCCUACACCAGCCGCCAAUUCAGCACCAACCGAUAGUUCGCUACAGAUCACCCUCCGACGAACCCUAGUACACCGCAUGAUGAUCGCUCGACUUAUGAACGACUCGUUCAAUGAACCUUCCUACGAAGAUAUAUUGCAAGCAACCAACGAGCUGACGAAGCUGCUGUCCACCACUAAACAACGCCUAGACGUUCUGGUCACGGAAGGAAAAGCAAGCCCGGCUCAUCAAAAUCUAAUAGACUUCCUCACACGCCGCUUCCUAAUCGCUAUGCAUCGGCCCUUCGCAACAAAGGCUUUCCAGGACCGCCGUUAUCACUACUCCCGCCAGGUCUGCCUCGACAACGCCCUACUUAUACUCACACCAGAGCAUGACCCAGAUUUUCACCGAAUGCUCCUGACAUCUGUGACACUCUUCCGACAUAUAAUGCACCAUGCUGCUAUAUCACUAUGCCUGGAGAUCAUGGGACAGAUCAAGGAGGAUCAACUAGACAAAAAGUUGUUCCAGAUACGCCAGCAAGACCGAUCGCGUCUCCUUGCCUCGGUCCAACAAAUCCCGCAAAUCACUGCAGAGCGUCUCCGGUUACGCGAAACAAAUGUGAAAAGUCAUGUAUUUCAUUGUAUGGCGAUCGCACAGAUUGAGGCUCUGGAAAAUGGACUGGAUGUCACGGGCCAUGUACUGACCGCCUCGGUUGCAAGUGCACGGCAGGCUCUAGAGAUUUUACAGCAACGAGUUACGGCGAAUAAGGAUGGGGGAGACCAUGUCUUCUCAGUAGGCUCGGAACUGGAACUUGCGAAAACGGAUGAAUUUCUGCCACCCACACUCUUCCGAAACGAUGAUACGGGAUUUGACUUGGGAGAAAUGACGAGCUGGCUAUUCUCAGACUGGGUUGAUGAAUAUCCCUUGUAG